UGGUCUGGAGUUGUCAGACGUUUCUAGAAGGCAGAGCACAGGUGCUAUAUCUGGCACUGCAGCCCCCCAACAGACUGCUCACAUAUCAUAAAAGCAGAGGAGCAGCAGCCGAGGAAGCGGCUGAAAAGCGUCUGUGUCACACUCAUUUGCUCGGUUCAAGAUGACGGAAACUGAGAGGGCUGUUCAGCAGAAGAAGGGUAAAGGCAUGGCUUUCCGGUCCCAAAAAGAGAUGUUUGAGAAGAUGGAGGAAUCUUUCAAAAUCUGUGCUUAUUGUGAAAAGCGACCGAAUGAACUUUCCAACCCACAGAACCUAAAGCGUUGCUCCAGGUGUCUGAAUGCUUACUACUGCUGUAAAGAGUGUCAGAAGGAAGACUGGCCCAAGCACAAGAAGUUCUGCUCACAGCUGCGACUGGCUGCCAUCGACAGAGUCGUGGAGUGGCUUGUGUUUAAAGGAGACCUUCCAUUUCCUACAGAAAAAUGGUCCAAGCCCCAGUCUGAGGUCAAGGGUUUCGAUGACUGGCUCGCCAUGCAGGGAGACCUCACGGCACGCCUCGAUCCCAUUUUAAAUGGAAAAAACAUGAACGACUUGUGGACCAACGCUGGUCGGCCUCGGCCAGAUGAUGACGAUGUGAAGCAGUCGCUGUGGAGGGUUUGCAGCGAGUUCUUCUCCAGGCCGCUGACAAUAGCCUGGGGGAUGAGACUGUUCGGACUAAACCCUUUAUCCAAACCUCUCACCAUUCACCUGGUGGGAGCAGGCCACACUGAGACUCUGUCAGCCAGACUGACCGACUACGAUGAGCUGAACAACAUGUUCCCCGGACACCAGGGGAUCGAAAUAGUCAUGGUGGGGCCUGAGGUGGUGGACGGCCCUGUCGUGAGGCCUCCCCUCAGAGCUUUUGGACCCAAACAGAGAGUCUACAUCAGCGCCUACAAAGGCCUCUACCAUCAGUUCUGGGAGGAGCUGGUGGAGAAAGAGGAGGCAGCCAAGCCAGAUCUGGUGGUUGGAUUUCAUCCUGGAUUUGAUGCCAGCCAAGGUCUGGACGAGGGUUGGCUGCCAACUCUCCUGCUUCUCAGAGAUUAUGAAAUUCCUUCUCUCUUCACUGCUCUCACUGAGACAGAGAUGACCUACUCUUUGCAAAUUCUGCUGGAGCUGGAAAUGGACAUGAAAGGAAGUGGAGCCAACCCUUUUGCAUCACUAAAGCCAGAAGUUGUGGACUCACGUGCCAACAAACCUCCGGUCUACUGCAACUCCCACUACUUCUGUUUUCAGGGCCUGCUGGAGACGGCGGAGUUUGAGGAACCAGAGGAUGCCUGAAUAAGGCAGCGUGCUGACUCUUACAGCUUUGGGACUGUAAAGUUUUGUUUAGUUAAAAAAAUACUACUUAAUGUGUACAUUUGCUUAAUAGGCUCUGCCUGAUGGCUACUUACUAUGCAAUGUCCCUGCUACAUUUGCAUUCUCACUAUCUCAGUUUGAGCGCAUUCAGCAGCCACGAUGGUGAGAUUUGAAUAUACUGCCCGAGAUGUAUUAUUGUGUGUACAGGGUAAAAUGUUAUAGUAAUAGUUUGCUGUCUUCUGUGGGUUUAAUCUUUUAUGAGCAAAUAUGGCCUCUUUUUCAUCUGCUGUUACAAUAACCAUGAUGUGAUAAAAGUAACUUUUCAUUAAUGUUGUCACCUUGUGCUUUUUAAU